AUGGGUCUGAGCCUUUUUUACACUGCUGUUCUCGUCCUUAUUCUGGAUAUUGGGAAGAAGGAGACAAAGGCAAAGAAACAGAAAGGUGAAAAGGCAGCUAAGAAAUCCCCGAAGGGAAAACAGCCUGAUGAAAAAGAUGAAGUUGAUCUUUCUAUGGCUAGUAUAGGCCACCCAGAAAUCUUUCCUUUAGUUCUCACUACACAGACCCAAGCAAUUUUCAAUUGCCGAGUUGAUGAAGAUGUUACAGAAGAAAAUUGUUUCAAAAUCAUUAAAAAAGAGGACAUCAUUCAGGACCUGAAAAGAAGAGCUAAAAUUUCUGAUUUUUACCCUAUCAAAAAUGUUAUCCUAGAAUAUCCAGGGGAAGAACUUUUGGUAGUUUUAGAUGCAAAUUUCCAGUAUGGACAGAACUUUUACCUUGUUGCUUCUGAGGAAGCCAAGGAAAACCUUCUGAAGCCCCCAGAAACUGCAGAAGAAAAACAAGAAGAAAACGAAGAAGAAAAUAUAGAGGAGACUCCAGAAAUUCAACCUUACAGGCCUCCUGUCCAAAAACCUUGGGUUUCUCUUGGCAGCGAAAAGGAAGUUGAAGAAGAAUCUGUUAAAGACACUGUUACAAAGAUUAAGUAUAUGAUUUCUCGAGUACGCAGGAAGUUUGGUGCACCAAUUAAAUUUACUGAUAACAAUGCUUCAGAUGUAAAAGACAGUUAUGUUGAAUGCACAUCCUAUCAAGACAAAACUUUCAGUAUUAAAAUGCUUGAAAAAGAUGUGGGCAUACAAAUGGUUCCAAAAGUAAGAGAAAGUAGUACUCAGACAAAAUGGACCUAUCCAAAAAAUGCAGCCACGCAAUAUUUUCCUAGACAGUUGUCAGAUGAAGAGAAAGAAGAGUGUCUGUCAUCUGAGAAGCUGAAAGAAUUUCUUACAUCAGUACAUUUAAGAAUGGAAAUUGCAUUGCAGCAAAAUGCAAUUAUGAACCCUUUUUUUGAUGACUGGAAAGCCCUAGCAGAAGAUGAAAGCAGUUCUGGUGGCAAGCCAGAUGUUUAUCUUCAAGCAUACCAAUCAUUUACAGAUCUGCGCUAUCCCAAGGACAGAACUAUUAGCUGUGUUUGCUGGCAUCCAAACAUUGAUG